GUGGACUUAAGUGAUGUUAUGAUAUGCAGAAUCCCUCCACACAUGAGGAGAAGAGCCCUCUCGUGAUAAUGUUAAAGGAAUAGCAAUUGGAGACAACCUGCUGCACACUGCUACUCUGUAAGACAAACAUCAGCAAAGCCGAGCAGCCAGAGGAGAAGGGUUCUUCAUGACAAAAUGACAGCAAGAGAACACAGUCCCCGCCAUGGUGCAAAAUCCCGCACUGUGCAACGGGCCUCCACAAUUGAUGUCACCUCUGAUAUGCUAGGCCUUUCUCUAACAGGAAACAUUCAGGACCCAGAUGAGCCAAUUUUAGAGUUCAGUUUAGCUUGCAGUGAGCUGCUAACUCCAUCGCUAGAUCGAAAACCAAAUAGUUUUGUAGCAGUGAGUGUAACUACACCACCUCAGGCAUUCUGGACGAAGCAUGCACAGACAGAAAUUAUUGAGGGAACAAGUAAUCCUAUCUUUCUAAGCAGCAUUGCCUUUUUCCAAGACUCUCUUAUCAAUCAAAUGACACAAAUCAAACUCUCCGUGUAUGAUGUCAAAGAUAGAUCUCAGGGAACAAUGUAUUUAUUGGGUUCUGGGAUGUUCACUGUAAAAGAACUUCUUCAGGAGAAGAGUCACAGGUUGCACUUAACACUAAGGUCGGCUGAAAGUGACCGUGUAGGUAACAUUACAGUUAUUGGAUGGCAAAUGGAGGAAAAAACUGACCAAAGGCCUCCAGUGACAAGGUCACCUGAUACAGUUAAUGGAAGGAUGGUGUUGCCAGUUGAUGAAAGUUUGACAGAAUCUUUAGGAAUCAGAUCCAAAUAUGCUUCGUUACGGAAGGAUGCACUACUGAAAUCUAUAUUUGGUGGCGCCAUUUGCCGAAUGUAUCGCUUCCCAACCACUGAUGGAAACCACUUGAGAAUCUUGGAGCAGAUGGCUGAGAGCAUCCUGUCUCUGCACAUCCCCAGGCAAUUCGUGAAGCUGCUUCUAGAAGAAGACGCAGCCCGGGUUUGUGAACUAGAAGAACUGGGAGAACUGUCUCCUUGUUGGGAAAGCCUUCGUCGACAAAUAGUUACUCAGUACCAAACAAUUAUUUUAACUUAUCAGGAAAAUCUAACUGACCUGCACCAGUAUAAAGGUCCUUCAUUUAAAGCCAGUAGCUUGAAAGCUGAUAAAAAAUUGGAAUUUGUUCCUACGAAUUUACAUAUACAGAGAAUGAGAGUCCAGGAUGAUGGAGGAUCAGAUCAGAACUACGACAUAGUCACCAUAGGAGCACCAGCAGCUCAUUGUCAAGGCUUUAAAUCAGGUGGCUUGCGGAAAAAGCUGCAUAAAUUUGAAGAGGCAAAGAAACACAGUUAUGAGGAGUGUUGCACUUCUACAGGUUCCCAGUCAAUAAUAUACAUCCCACAGGACAUUGUUAGAGCAAAGGAAAUUAUUGCACAGAUCAACACCUUGAAAACGCAAGUCAGUUACUAUGCAGAAAGGCUCUCAAGAGCUGCCAAGGAUAGAUCAGCUAAUGGCCUUGAAAGAACACUUGCCAUCCUAGCAGACAAGACCCGGCAACUUGUCACAGUCUGUGACUGCAAGCUGUUGGCAAAUUCAAUACACGGGCUGAAUGCUGCAAGGCCAGACUACAUCGCUUCAAAAGCAUCUCCAACCUCUGGAGAAGGGGAGCAAGUGAUGCUGAGGAAUGAUCAGGAUACGCUUGUGGCCAGAUGGACAGGAAGAAAUAGUCGAUCUUCUCUGCAGGUGGACUGGCAUGAAGAGGAAUGGGAGAAAGUUUGGCUGAAUGUUGACAAAAGUCUGGAGUGUAUUAUACAGAGAGUGGACAAACUUCUCCAGAAGGAGCGCUUGCAAAGUGACAGCUGCGAAGAUGUUUUCCAGUGCGACAUCAGCUGUACUAGUAAGAAAGGUAAUCGGGACACUCGUGCCUACUGGAUAAAUCCAGAAGAUUUAAAUGAGACCUCAUCAUCCUCACCACCUUCAUCAUCCUCACCACCACCUUCAUCCACACCAUCCUGUGCAUGCCAUUCCCUCAGAAAAUCAA